AAGAUCAAACCCCACAGCUUUCUCUGGGCUCUCCCUUGCACCCAAAAGGUUCAACCUUUUCCCCAUCCGAAGCUCAGAAAAUUCCAACCUUUUCUUGGCUGCUACUGCUUCUUCUUCUUCUUCUUCUUCUUCUUCUUCUGCUGCUGCUGCUGCUGCUGCUGUGAAACAACCACCACCGAUGGAUGAGUACUACUGUAGGAAGAGUGGGCAGAUACCAGCAUUUGGUGACUGGGACCAUGCAAAUGAACUGCCGAUAACGCGGUACUUCGAGUGCGCAAGGCAAGCGGGCUUGCUCCGAUUCAGCUCUUCUUCCGGGGAAUCCGAUCGCGCUCGCAGGAGCGGCGAUUUAUAUGCGGUCGCCGCUGCUGCUGCUGGCGACGGGCACAAGUUCUCUCGCUCCAUGGCACCUCAUAAAAAGGCGAGAACGAGAGAGACGCGAAACGUGCAACUGAAGGAGCAGAGAAAGACAGGGAGAGUCAUUUGCGAGAUUAAUGAACCUCCGAGGAAGCAACGCCUCAUGCCACAGUCACAACACAGUGCCCACCAUCUUCAUCAUCGUCAUCUUGAGUUGCCCAUGAAGUUGAAGCCUUCAAAAUCGAGAGCUGUUGAUGAAGAUCUCUACAAGAUCCCUCCUCAUCUCCUCCACACUACCAAGAGGAAAAAGGUGCUGGGAUUUUUCUCAAGGUGUCUGGUCCCGGCUUGUACUGCCUAGAGCUUUGGCAAUAGAUGACUUUCAAGAUUCUCUGUCCAAAAGACUCGCCAUGCAUUUGUUAGGUUGGCAGCUCUAGCAGCACUAAGGCUGAAACUCGGGCCGAUUUCAUUCUGCCCAAAAACGAAAACGCAACUUUUGUAUGAUUUGAAAUAGCUAGUCAAGACUAUGAGUGGUAUCAAUGUAGAAUUCUCAGUUUGGAUCUUAAACAGUGCUCUUUCUUGUCCAUCUUUUCCUCUCUUUUUUCAUGGGAUAAAAAGGAGAAUUUUG